GAUGACCAGAGACUGCAGACAUAGUACAGGAGAUGACCAGAGACUGCGGACACAGUACAGGAGAUGACCAGAGACUGCGGACACAGUACAGGAGAUGACCAGAGACUGCGGACACAGUACAGGAGAUGACCAGAGACUGCGGACACAGUACAGGAGAUGACCAGAGACUGCGGACACAGUACAGGAGAUGACCAGAGACUACAGACAGUACAGGAGAUGACCAGAGACUGCGGACACAGUACAGGAGAUGACCAGAGACUGCGGACAGUACAGGAGAUGACCAGAGACUGCGGACAGUACAGGAGAUGACCAGAGACUGCGGACA